UGGUAGUGGACACAAACUAGGUGAAAAUAAUAUAUAACAAAACAGCGUGUUGUGACUAUUUAAGUUAUUAUAUAAACUCAAAAACAUACGAUGAGCAAUUCCUUUUUCUAGUUGAUCUUUUAUAUUGUUGUAGUCUUAGAAAGUCCUCUUUAACAGUGAUUAUUGACAAGAACAUAUCAUUCCGUUUCCGUUUCUUCUCUACGAUGUUCCAAAAGAACAAAGACAUUUGAAAUUUAUCUUACUGAAAUGAUAUUGACUUACAUCAUACAUUUAAUAACAUUUUAAAAUAAAACUGAUUGAAUGAUACAAAAUAAUAAAAUAUCUCAGAUAACAGUGUUGAUGCUUAACUUAGUGUAAACAAAGAUAAUUUCAACAUAUAGAUUGCUAUCGUGCAAAUGUAAAUGAAAUUGCAAUAUCGGAAACAUAUGCAAUGUAAAUUCUAUUUUUAUGCAGACAUUUUAUCCGUCCCCUGCAAACCAGUGCAAUGUUACAAUUGUGUGAAAUUUAAGCGUUUAACAGAUGUUCUGCAGACUAAGGUCAUUUUUAUCAAGUUAGAAAGUUACUUAAGACAGGCACAAGAUAUAAGAACACCAGCACGACAUGCCAGCUCAUUGCUUGUGUAAAAAGAUGGGAGAAUGCGGGUCUGUGAUUUGUCUUCUGCUGCUCCACUGUGCUGUUGUUGAGGCACUUAGUUGCUUUUCCUGUCAGAAUAUUGAUGACCCACUAACAUGCAAUACGACAAUCUCUUGUUCCAGUGGACAGGUACUGUAAUUGACAAUCAAGGAACGAUAGAUUGCAACCAAGUGGAACAUUACACCAUGUUUGUUUCCUGGAAGAACAUGGAGGAGUGUACAGAAUGGGUUGUAUCAACAAUCAGCAAUGUGGUGGUGUUACCGGAGCAGGUAUUGUAGCGCGUGGUAUAAAGGAACGACAAUCUUCCGGCUGUCAUGAGUGUUGCUCAACUGAUGGCUGUAAUUCUGACCUUUGCAAACACCAAAAACCAAGCAGCUGCAUUGAUGACGAAACAGUGGACUGUGCCAAAAUGAAUUCCUAUUUCCAUGUUUGUCAGGACAUACAUCAAGCUAAAUUAGUGUGCCCAAAGUUUUGUAACCUUUGUACCUUAGUUGAUGGAAACUGGGCAGACUGGUCUCUCUGGUCAAGCUGUGACGUCACCUGUGACAAUGGAUCUCAGACAAGAUCACGUAUAUGCACAGAUCCAGCACCUGCAAAUGGUGGACUUGACUGUAUUGGCAGUAGAACUGAAACUAAAAUCUGUCAGAGGGAUUCAUGUCCAGUUCACGGUGGUUGGAGCCUGUGGACAGCAUGGGGGUCCUGCUCAGUCACAUGUGGAGUGGGGAUGCAGCGAAGAGACCGAUCUUGUUCUAAUCCAUACCCGAGCUUGUACGGCGAUCAUUGUUUCGGGGAGGCAAGAGAUGAUAGAAUAUGUAUGUCCACAGCAUGUUCAGGUUGGAAAAUCGCCUUCACAGCUCACGGAGUAUCUACGCAUGGCCGCUCAGUCAUAUUCCCGAUUGUUGACCAUAAUUAUGGCGGUGGCUACAACAGCAACACUGGAACAUUCACAUGUCCUGUAGCAGGCAUAUAUUACUUCGCUGUUACUCUAAGAAAGGAUAUAAGUGCUGAUAGUGAUCAAGUAUAUUGCCAAUUGUUUAUAAACUCUCAUUCGACACUAGGCACAGGCGAUAACCUAAUCAAUGAUGAUAAAAGUUCUUAUUCUAUGACGAUGUCCGGUACAUUUCAUUUAAACAGGAAUGAUCAUGUAUCUGUUGGUAAUUGCUACGGAGCCGAUGCACUCAUGAACAGUCAUGACUGCGCAUUUACAGGAUUCAUAGUUCUACCAGAUAAUUGAUCAUUUGCUCUGAUCGAGUUGUUUCAAAAUAUUUAUCAAAAUUAGUCUCCUAAAACUGAAUCAUGAUAUGUUUGUAUUUCUUUAUCAUACUUUCAGGUAUUUCUGUUCCAAUUUGUACAACAUUAUUUCAAUCUACUGUAACAAUACAGGUUGUAUUCACAUGACUGUUAGAAACAUUAUUGCUUGUAGUGUUAUGUUAGAAUGUUUUAAGAUCUGGAUAAAUCCCAGUGUUAUCAUAUUAAUAUCUAUUGUGAAAUGUAACCUGUAAAAGGUGAAAUAAUUUACUUAUAAAUAAUGGACAUCCGAACUUUUGUCUUUAGCUCUAACAUAGUUUUACAUAUAUAUUCUCUUGGAAAUGUUUCGCCGAACUGCUUAAGAUAUGGGGUAUUAAUAUGACGGUUAUUAGGGUAAAAUUAAGUAAGCUGUGUGUGACAAGUUUUCAGCCGUGAUUCAAAAAUGUUGUUCUUAUCCACUUGUAAGUUAAUUUAUCACUAACUGGUUUACUUUAAGAAAACAUUUUUUGAGAAAUACCUCCAGAAUUAGUAUGUUUUAUUUUAUUAUUGUCCUUAGUUUAUAAUUUUGUCAAACUGACACUUUUGACUUCGCGUUUAAUUUUCUUAAGUUUGCUACUACCAUUUAAGAUAGUAAGUGGAUUUAGUUAUACCAGUAUACGAAAGAUAAAAGGUAAGGGUAGAUUUUCCCGGAAGCACAGAUCACCCAAAACACAGCCUUGUCACGUCUAUGUAUGAAACCGUCUUUAGCAAGACGAGCAGUAAGUGUUCAACCAAAGAGAGCUAUCUUUACUCGCAUAUGUUAUAUUAUUAAAACGUCUUUGAAAACAACCAGCUGGGACAUCAUGAAAAACGUUUUCUAUGGAACAAAUACAAGUACAUUCGAUGACUUUAAAACACCUCAUCCACAUAUGUUUGUGUUCGGGUUUAGCGUCUUUUUCAACAAUUUUUCUGUCAUAUAAACGACGGAGUCUACUUGUAACAGUGAGCACAAUGUCAAACUUUAUAGUGCUGCCUCACUGUAAUAUGCCGCCGUAGAUACGUGACAUGAUACCCGCCGAGUCACAUUAUACUGUGACUGACACCGGGCUGACCAGUCCUAGUACCAUCCAAAUGCUGAAAGCCAAGCUUAUUAGUACCAUCUUUUAGGACUUCGGUAUGACGCGGCCAAGGAUCGAACCCACGACCUCCCGCACUCGUAGCAGGCGCUCUACCACUAGGCUACCGAGGCGGUUCCAUCCAUAUAUAUGGCAAACGUUUGUAUAGAAAAAUUUUGAUAUUAAAUAAAUUUUAGUUAUUUAAUCGGAUCCAGUAUGGCGGUUUCUUUUAGUGUGAUACUAGACGAGUGACCGGUGCACUUGUUGUACAUGUACUUUCACAACGAGCAUUUACAAAAAAUAUAUGUUAUUACAUGUUGAGGUGAUUAUAAACCAAUGAUAACUUUAUUUUCAAAAUUUCCCAACAUUAAUUAAAUAACAUAUCUGUUAAUUAAAAUAAGUAUUGACUUAUUUUUCUCAAGAGUGCGCGUUUCUUAAAAUCUUUCAUUGAAGCGCUAUUAAAAUGAAUAUCAAACACCUCCCAGUUAUUUCUCUAUAUGAUAGUCACCGAAAUUACACUAAACAGACAGCUGUUACAGGGUUCAACGUUUGACACUACCGUAGGAUUUUUAAUUACCUUCAUGAAAUAAAAAUAACAACUUAA